AGAUAAUUUUUGGAGUUUUCUUCGUUAUUGUACCGUUUAUCGCAAUUUUGUAUAAUUUAUGUUCUAAUAUGUAACAUCGAAAACAGAAUGUUUUAUUUGUUUUGAAUUAAUGAUUUUGGAUGAUGUUAUUUUCAUUAAGUAUUUUCGUUCAACCUUCGAAAUACAAGAGACACCAAGGUUAUUCAGACAAUGCAAACAACAAGCCGGUGUCAAUGCAAGAAAUCUAUCAUCUUUCUCCUUCUUCCCUACAAACCCAACACUUUUCCAUUCUCAACUACUCCUUCAUUUCACCCCUCACAACACACCAUUGCCACCAUAGUUCACACUCUCUGCGACUCCAAUCGUUUCUCCGAAGCCCACCAGCGUUUCUCCCUCUUCCUCUCCUCAGGUUCAAUUCCCGAUCACCGAACAUGUAAUCUCCUCCUUGCUCGGUUACUCCAUUCCAAAGCCCCAUUACAAACAUGGACUCUUGUUAAAUCCUUGAUCCAUAGCAAACCUGGUUUUGUUCCCUCUUUGGUUAACUACAACCGUUUGAUGGACCAGUUUUGUUUGAUUCAUCGACCGUUUGAUGCUCACAGAUUGUUUUUCGACAUGAAGAAUCGUGGGCAUUGUCCUAACGUUGUUUCUUACACCACUUUGAUUAAUGGGUAUUGCUCAGUUGGUGGAAUAAGGGAUGCAUUGAAGGUGUUUGAUGAAAUGAUUGAGAGUGGUUUAGAGCCUAACUCGAUGACUUACAGUGUUUUGGUUCGUGGGUUUCUUCGGGAUAGGGAUUUGGAAGGUGGGAGAGGAUUGAUGUGCAAGAUGUGGGAGAGGAUGAAUUUGGAAGUUGAAUUAGGUGUGAAGGUUGCUGCUUUUUCAAAUUUGGUUGAUUCUUUAUGUAAGGAAGGGUUUUUCAAUGAAGUUUUUGAGAUUGCAGAAGAGAUGCCGUGUGGUAGUAGUUUGUCUGAGGAGGUUGUUUAUGGCCAAAUGAUUGACUCAUUCUGCAAAGUUGGAAGGUAUCACGGAGCAUCUAGGAUUGUUUAUUUGAUGAGGAAGAGAGGGUUUGUUCCAAGUGAUGUGUCGUAUAAUUAUAUCAUACAUGGUCUUAGCAAGGAUGGUGACUGUAUGAGGGGUUAUCAGUUGUUAGAGGAAGGAGCUGAAUUUGGAUUCUCGCUCUGUGAGCAUACUUAUAAGGUAUUGGUGGAAGCUCUUUGUCAUUCAUUGGACGUGGAUAAAGCAAGGGAAGUUCUUAAACUCAUGUUGUGUAAGGAACGUGUUGACAAGACUAGGAUUUACAACAUUUACUUGAGAGCUCUUUGUCUUGUAAACAAUCCCACAGAGCUUUUAAAUGUGCUUGUGUUUAUGCUUGAGAGCCGGUGUCAGACUGACGUGAUUACCCUCAACACAGUUAUCAACGGGUUUUGCAAGAUGGGGAGGGUAGAUGAAGCUUUAAAAGUACUGGAUGACAUGUUGAUGGGUAAAUUUUGUGCACCUGAUGUUGUGACCUUCACUACAUUGAUUUCUGGUCUAUUAGAUGCUGAAAAAGUCGACGAAGCUCUUGACCUGUUCAAAAGAUUGAUGCCUAGAAAUGGUUUGAAGCCUGGUGUUGUCACAUAUAAUGUUCUUAUCAGAGGGCUAUACAAACUUAAGAGACCGAAUGAUGCGUUCGGGGUUUUUAAUAACAUGGCGAAUGAUGGCAUUAAUCCCGAUAGUACUACUUAUACAAUUAUAGUCGAAGGUCUAUGUGAAUGUGAUCAAAUAGAAGACGCAAAGAGUUUUUGGCAGAGUGUUAUAUGGCCUUCAGGGAUCCAUGAUAAUUUUGUUUAUGCAGCCAUUCUGAAAGGGCUCUGUGGUUCUGGAAUGUUUAUGGAGGCUUGCCAUUUCUUGUACGAAUUGGUAGAUUCCGGGGUGUCUCCAAAUAUAUAUAGCUACAAUAUUCUAAUCAACUGUGCUUGCAAUCUUGGUUUCAAAAGAGAAGCUUAUCAAAUUGUAAGAGAGAUGAAUAAGAAUGGAGUGACCCCUGAUUGUGUGACAUGGAGGAUUCUUCACAAGUUACAAAGCAAAGUAAAGAAGCACAAUCCUUCUGAAGAUCCAACUUUCUCAACAAUUUACGAGGGCGAUGACACGGAUGAAAAAGGAAGUCAGGAUAGGGUGAAAUGGAAUUCUGUCUGUACUUCAAAUGGUAAACCAAUGGAUUUUAGAUUAAAUCUAUGAAGCUUGGUAAUUAUAAAUCCUUAUCCUUGGCUUAUAAUGCGAGUUAUUAUGAUAAAUGCGACAUUUAGAACAGAGUUGAAAGAGAGUAAUUUGAGAUGAAUUUUGUUAAAAAUCAUGAAGCUACUGAGAGGGAUGUGAUACUGAUCAGUUCAUCUAUAAACAACUAGUUUACUGAUAAAAGACUCUUCAACUGUCGAGCCUUAAGAUGAAAUCUUCUACACCAAGUUUAAUCUAUCAAUUACUUUGCGAUAACUAGUCGUGUCGCAAUACAUUACCACCACAGAAGCUAUAUCUUGUUGCUUCUUCAUAUUUGUUUCAAGGUGACGGGAAAAUAUUACAUUCAAUCAUCAUCGACGGUAUUUUGGAAAGACCGCGAAAGGUAAAAGGAAAAGGAAACUAGAACAAUGCAUAAUCUGAUUAAGACUUGAAAGAAUAAAAUAUAGAUUUUGUUGUCCUAGAGGAAUGAGAAUAAAUAGAGUUGGAGGUGCAAAAUUACGAUUUUUCGAUUGUAAGUAAGAGUUCUUAAAAAUGAAGAAACUGUAAUCAAAAUUUCAUGUUAUCCAGUUGUUUGAAAAGUUUUCUAGAUUGUGAAUGGCACUCAGCUACAUAACCAAAUUUUCCUUAUUAUUUUUCAUGUUAACAUUCUUUACUCUGUAUUACUCUGUAUUGCUUCAGAACAACAGCUUCAAAUUUAA